UUUUAUAAAGCCCCAGAGUAAACAUGCUAAAAUUAUCCAUUUAAGUCUGGUUAUAACCUAAGUUUUAAUCUGGCACCUACUUGUCAGCACAAUGACCACCAGUUAAGAGGUUUUUCCAGUUAUAAUUUACACACAAAGCUGUUUCACAAACUUUAACUAUAAAGACAUAGGUUACCAAAAAAAGUAACAAAAGGCCACAUGUAUAUUUUAGUUAACCCAUGUCUUAAAUUGAUACAACAAAUCUUCUACAAAUCCAUUAUUUUCAUUCAAUACUUACUGAAGCUAAACUUAAUUUUUAAAAAAAUUUUUUUAAGAUUGUAUUUAUUUAUUCAUAAAGACAGAGAGAGAGACAGGGAGGGAGAGAGGGAGAGAGAGGCAGAGACACCGGCAGAGGGAGAAGCAGGCUUCAUGCAGGGAGCCUGACGUGGGACUCGAUCCUGGGUCUCCGGGAUCACACCCUGGACUGAAGGGAGCACUAAACUGCUGAGCCACCCAGGCUGCCCUUAAACUUAAUUUUAAAUAGCUGUGCACUAGGUUACAUCUUUAGAGUCCAACAGCAAAUGGAAAUCAGACACCUUUGUUUUCAUGAUUUUGUUUCAAACUGUUAAAGAACAAAACCAGCACUGUUGAUACCCUCAAUUACUGAGGUAAUCUUGAAAAGCCAUAUGCCAAUGGCAUUACUCUAUUUUGGAUACAUUUUGACACAAAGGUUAAUAUUUAUCAGCUGAAGGUCUUUAGUCAGCUGUCCAUAGAAGUCAGACAGCUUGGCUGUAUGGGAAAUAAGUAAACAUUGAGAAGCUGGUAAUAAGUAAACCUUGAGAAGGGAAGGUAGCUUCUCUGCAGAAGGGCUGCCUGAGCUAAGAUCUCAAAGUAAAGUAGACAAAGUAGAGAAGGAAGAUGAAACCAGAAAGGGAAAUAGCAUGUGCCUAAUAACAAAAGGCUUACUUAAGACUGAAAGAGGGGCACCUGGGUAGCUCAGUGGUUGAGUAUCUGCCUUUGACUCAGGUCAUGAUCCCAAGGUCCUGAGAUCGAUUCCCACAUCAGGUUCCCCAUAAGGAGUGUGCUCCUCCCUCUGCCUGUGUCUCUGCCUCUCUGUCUCUCAUGAAUAAAUAAAUUUAAAAAAAAAAAUCCCUGAAAGAAACCAGUGUGGCCAGAAGGGAAUCUGAGGGUGUUAAAGAUGAGCGGGGUAAGCGUUAGACUGUGUAAGGCCUGACAGGCCAUAUUACGGCAAGCAGGGACUAUGUCUUAUCCACCACUCAUCCCCAAUGUCUAGCAGAGUUCAGCUAAUAAAGGCUGUAAACCCACAAAAAGGAGGAGUCAAAUGACAAUCUUCUGAUAAGAUGUGUAAUUAGCCCAGAUCAUUGUCUUCCUGUAACUCAGCCAUGGAGAUUAUACAUACAAGAAGUAAAAUUAGAGAUCUGAGAAACUGGGGAUCCCUGGGUGGCUCAGCAGUUUAGUGCCUGCCUUCGACCCAGGGUGUGAUCCUGGAGACCUGAGAUCGAGUCCCAUGUCAGGCUCCCUGCAAGGAGCCUGCUUCUCUCACUGCCUGUGUCUCUGCCUCUUUCUGUUUCUCAUGAAUAAAUAAAAUCUUUAAAAAAAAGAGAGAUCUGAGAAAUUAAAUAUGAAGAGUCCUUUGGAAGAACGGAUCAUGAUUGAGUCCUAGCAUAUAUAGAGGGGCAAGAAAUUGAAGCCUAGUGUAGAAAAAGGCAGAGUGCCAUGAGAGUAGGGGUAGUAGAGGCUGGGACAGAGCUUUUCUGUUCUGCCUUCCCCCACUACUCAUCGCUUCAUAUACAACCUUUCACUGGCAGCAUGGCCAGCAUAUUGCAACCUUAGCUCCUGGAGUUCUCAUUAUAUUAAUAUAAAUAUUAAAAAUGGAAUGUCUAUAAAAUAUAGGGGACUAUAAACUAAGGAUCCUGGUUAUAUAGUUCAUUGUUCUACCAGUGGACAGGGCCUAGAAGCAACACCAGCUUAGUAUCAAGAGUCUAUCUAGUGCCCAGGUCUUUGUUCCUUAAUGCCAUUCACCAGUAAAGAAACGAGGGCUCGCUAGAAAAAUGUUUGACAACUGGGACAGAAAAGAUACAAGAUGAGCAUGGAUCAUCUUAAUAGAGCCUUAAAUUGAGAAGUGCUUAAAAACAAAAACCCCACAAUGAUGGGGGCAUAUUGAAGAGAUACAGUAGGGGAUGCCUGGGUGGCUCAGGGGCUGAGCGUCUGCCUUUGGCUCAGGUCAUGAUCCUGGGGUCCCAGGAUCAAGUUCCACAUUGGGCUCCCCUUGAGCCUGCUUCUCCCUCUGCCUAUGUCUCUGCCUCUCUGUCUCUCAUGAAUAAAUAAAUAAAAAUUUAAAAAAAGGAGAGAUACUCUCUGGUCCCGGCGGUAAGAUGGCAGCUGCCGCGGAGUGCGAUGUGGUAAUGGCGGCGACCAAGCCAGAGCUGCUUGACGAGGAACCGAAGAGGGAAGCGUCUUUCAAGGAACAAGGAAAUGCAUACUAUGCCAAGAAAGAUUACAAUGAAGCUUAUAAUUAUUAUACAAAAGCCAUAGAUAUGUGUCCUAAAAAUGCUAGCUACUAUGGGAAUCGAGCAGCCACUUUGAUGAUGCUCGGAAAAUUCCGGGAAGCUCUUGGAGAUGCACAGCUCAGGUCGGAUGACAGUUUUGUCCGGGGACAUCUACGAGAGGGCAAAUGCCACCUAUCUCUAGGGAAUGCCAUGGCAGCAUGUCAUAGUUUCCAGAGAGCCCUAGAACUGGAUCACAAAAAUGCUCAGGCGCAACAGUUCAAGAAUGCUAAUACAGUCAUAGAAUAUGAGAAAAUAGCAGAAACAGAUUUCGAGAAGCGAGAUUUUCGGAAGGUGGUUUUCUGCAUGGACCGUGCCCUAGAAUUUGCCCCUGCCUGCCAUCGCUUCAAAAUCCUCAAAGCAAAAUGUUUAGCAAUGCUAGGUCGUUAUCCGGAAGCACAGUCUGUGGCCAGUGACAUUUUACAAAUGGAUUCUACCAAUGCGGAUGCUCUGUAUGUACGAGGUCUUUGCCUUUAUUAUGAAGAUUGUAUUGAGAAGGCGGUUCAGUUUUUUGUACAGGCUCUCAGAAUGGCUCCUGACCAUGAGAAGGCCUGCAUUGCUUGCAGAAAUGCUAAAGCACUUAAAGCAAAGAAAGAAGAUGGGAAUAAAGCAUUUAAAGAAGGAAAUUACAAGCUGGCCUAUGAACUGUACACAGAAGCCCUGGGGAUAGACUCUAACAAUAUAAAAACAAAUGCUAAACUCUACUGUAAUCGGGGCACGGUUAACUCCAAGCUUAGGAAACUAGAUGAUGCAAUAGAAGACUGCACGAAUGCAGUGAAGCUCGACGCCACUUAUAUAAAAGCCUACUUGAGAAGAGCUCAGUGUUACAUGGACACAGAACAGUAUGAAGAAGCAGUGCGGGACUAUGAAAAAGUAUAUCAGAUGGAGAAAACAAAAGAACACAAACAGCUCCUAAAAAAUGCACAGCUGGAACUGAAGAAGAAUAAGAGGAAAGAUUACUACAAAAUCCUGGGAGUGGACAAGAAUGCCUCUGAGGAUGAAAUCAAGAAAGCUUACCGAAAACGGGCCUUGAUGCACCAUCCAGAUCGGCACAGUGGAGCCAGUGCCCAAGUUCAGAAGGAAGAGGAGAAAUAGUUCAAGGAAGUUGGAGAAGCUUUUACCAUCCUCUCUGAUCCCAAGAAAAAGACUCGCUAUGACAGUGGACAGGACCUAGAUGAGGAAGGCAUGAAUAUGGGCGAUUUUGACGCAAACAAUAUCUUCAAGGCAUUCUUUGGUGGUCGUGGGGGCUUCAGCUUUGAAGCGUCUGGUCCAGGGAAUUUCUUUUUUCAAUUUGGCUAAUGAAAGGAAACCAUCCGAAACCCAGAAAGUGCAGACUUGCUCAAUGUAACCUUGAACGUGGGCACAGCUCACUUCCUCCCUUCAUCUCGU